AUGGGGUCGGGGACAUCCUUGGGGACACUGGGGACAAGACCCGAGCCCACGCGCACGGCGGGGACAUCGGGGUCCCCGUCCCCUCUUCCUUCAGCAGAGCUCCCGGCCCCGCCGCCGUCGCCCCCGGCCCCGUCCCCAUCCCCGUCCCCAUCGUCCCCGUCCCCGUCCCCGUCGCCGUCGCCGUCCCCGGUGCUGCGGGCGUGCGGCGUCCCGGUGGCCCCGCGGCGCGUCGGGGCGCAGGCGUGGCUGGGCUCCCUGCGGCACCCGGCUGCCGAGCGCCUGGGGCUGGCCCAGCUGCACCCGGACGUCUUCGCCGUGGCGCCCAGGCUGGACAUCCUGCACGCGGUGGCCAUGUGGCAGAAGAACUUUAAGAGGAUCAGCUACGCCAAGGUGAAGACGCGCGCCGAGGUGCGCGGCGGCGGGCGCAAGCCGUGGCGGCAGAAGGGGACGGGGCGCGCGCGCCACGGCAGCAUCCGCUCCCCGCUGUGGCGAGGGGGCGGCGUCGCCCACGGCCCGCGGGGCCCCACCAGCUACUACUACCUGCUGCCCAUGAAGGUGCGGGUGCUGGGGCUGAAGACGGCGCUCACCGUCAAGCUGAUGCAGGACCAGCUCCACGUGGUGGACAACCUGGAGGUGCCCACGGCCGACCCCCGGUACCUGCAGGACCUGGCGCGGUACCGCCACUGGGGCAGCUCCGUGCUCAUCGUCGACGUCGACGAGAUGCCGGAGAACAUCGAAAAAGCCGUGGCCGGCCUCAAAACCAUCACCCUGAUCCCCGUCGUAGGUCUCAACGUCCACAGCAUGCUCAAGCACCAGACGCUGGUGCUGACGGUGGCCGCCGUGGACUUCCUGGAGAAGAAGCUGCUGUGGCACGACACGCGCUACUCGCCGCUCUACCCCUUCUCCAUGCCCUACAGCGACAUCCCGUAGCCGUAGGGACGGGGUCUGGGGGCGCUGCGCGUCCUCCCCCCCAUUAAAGUGAGGUCGUCCCCA